UGAACUUUAAACACCAACGUCAUAUUGUAACUCGCUCCCGCAAAAGGAAGAGUCGUGUCAGUUGGUCAUUACAAACACCCAAAGGCUGCUGCUGUUUUUUUUUUCUUACAUCUGUAACAAGUGAACGGUGAUAUUUUUUUCUUGCCACCAGGAGACCAACAGCAUCACCGAAAUAAAAUAAAAGUUUUUAAAAUGGACAACAACAGCAAAAUAAUGAGGAGAACUAUCAGCAUAUUACUUGUUUUCAAUCUGUGGAUAUCUUUAUCCGCCGCAAAUUCCUAUUGUCUUGAUAAGAAUGACGUUCAACGAUUAAACAACCAGAUAAAGAGAGAGUUAGAAGCGAGCAUCUUUUACAUGGCGGCGUCUCAUUAUUUCGAAAGAAGUGAUAUGGCUUUGCAUGGCGUUUCUAAAUUCUUCCAUAAAAUGUCCUCUGAAGAGAAAGGUCAUGCCGAUAAACUGAUGACCUACAUGAACAUGAGGAGAUCUCCACCUAAAACACCAAAUGUUACGGUUUGCGAAGAUUUAACAGGAAAUAGUCUUGCCGGACUUUGCAAAAAGUUAACAGGCACAGUCCCUACUUCAAACAAAAUAGACAUGCUCCUAAAAGCGAUGACAAUGGCAAAUGAUUUGGAAAAGGCGAUCUUUGAAAAAUUGCAGGAAAUAGCCAAAACAACUAGCGACCAUGAGUUGAAAUAUUUUAUUGCACAUGAAUUUCUAGAGGAGCAAGUUAAGUCCAUCAAGCAAAUCUCCGACUACGAAACACAACUGAAGAAAAUGGGAAGUGGCUUGGGCUUCUAUAUUUUCGACCAGUGGUUUUAACCAGCAUUAAGGAAAGCAUUAAAAGGAAGAUGUUUGUUAAAAGCCACAUAUAUUCAUAUUAUAUACAAUAUAUAACGUCAUAAACACUUUCUCCUUCUUCUCUUUCUUUCUCUCUUUCUUUCUUUCUUUCACUCUUUCUGUCUCUCUGUCUUUCUUCCUUUCUUUCUCUCCAGCUUCCAUAUUUCCUAUUUUCCUAAACAGUUAUAAACGGAUGAAAACAACAUCCUUUUCACUAACACUAGUAGCCAGAUAAAAGAACGAUCUAGCUAAAUUUUUACUUUACUCUCUUC